AUGGCGCCGUUGCGGGCCCUGCAGCUGCUGCAGCUGCUGCAUCAGCUGCUGCAUGUGCUGCAGGCGGUGCAGCGGGGGCAGGGCCAGCCCGCUGCGGCCCCGCCGCUGCCGCUGGUCAUCAACACGUGGCCCUUCGGCAAUGCCACCCGAGCAGCGUGGAGUAAGCUGCAGGCCGGGGGCUCUGAACUGGACGCCGUGGAGAGCGGCUGUUCUCUGUGCGAGGCCCAACAGUGCGACGGCAGCGUCGGCUUCGGGGGGCAUCCCGAUGAACUUGGAGAGACCACUUUGGAUGCCAUGAUUAUGGAUGGCACGACCAUGGAAGUUGGCGCAGUAGCGGGUCUCAGACGCAUAAAAAACGCCAUCGGCGUCGCCCGGAAAGUCAUGGAGCACACGAGACACACGCUUUUAGUGGGAGAAUCAGCCACCCAGUUUGCUGAAGCCAUGGGAUUCCCCAACGAAGACUUAUCCACCAACCACUCACUCUCCGUGUAUUCGGAGUGGCUGAGGCAAAACUGUCAGCCAAAUUUCUGGAAGAAUGUCAUACCAGAUGCUUCCAAAUCCUGCGGCCCCUACAAGCCCGCCAGAGGCCUUGUUCAGCGGAAAGGGCCUGCCACGGGGAAAAUAAAUAUUCACAGUCAUGACACGAUUGGGAUGGUUGUGAUUGGCAAGAGUGGACACACGGCUUCGGGCACCACGUCGAAUGGAGCCAAUCACAAAAUACACGGGCGCGUGGGCGACUCACCCGUGGCCGGCGCCGGUUCCUAUGCGGACAGCACCGUGGGAGGAGCCGCCGCCACCGGAGACGGCGAUACCAUGAUGCGCUUCUUACCCAGCUACCAAGCCGUGGAAUAUAUGAGGGCAGGAGACGACCCAGCCUCAGCGUGCAAGAAAGUUAUUUCAAGAAUUCAGAAGCACGUUCCGCACUUCUUCGGGGCGGUGAUAUGUGCCAAUAUCACCGGUGGCUACGGUGCCGCUUGCAAUAAACUCCCGGAGUUUUCUCAGUUCCAUUUCAUGGUUUAUCAUUCCCUGCAAAGCCAACCAUCUGAGGAAAAAGUCGACUGCAUUUAAGUCUCCUUCCUUGUCGGCGUCCGGAGUGGAAGAUGAAAGCGGAAAUAAAGGCCGAGAGGAUUCUCUCUAACUGCCAUUUUAGAGACCGUAGUUCUCCCUGCACACACAAGAGCGAAAGUAAAUUCAUGUGGAAAUUACA